CGCCACUUUGGAUGUUUGGUGUUUUACUAUAGGCAUUUUCGGAGGGUUCUCUUAAGGUCGCUUCAGAAGGAUCUACAACAGGAAAUGGACUACAUCACUGCAAUAAUUGAGGAACAGCCCAAAAACUAUCAAGUUUGGCACCACAGGAGAGUGUUAGUGGAGUGGCUGAAAGAUCCUUCACAGGAGCUUGAGUUCAUUGCUGAAAUUCUUAGUCAGGAUGCAAAGAACUAUCAUGCCUGGCAGCAUCGGCAAUGGGUCAUUCAGGAGUUUCGGCUUUGGGACAAGGAGCUGCAGUACGUAGACGAGCUUCUCAAAGAGGACGUGAGAAAUAACUCCGUCUGGAACCAAAGACACUUCGUCAUCUCUAACACCACUGGCUACAGCGACCGCGCUGUGCUGGACAGAGAAGUCCAGUAUACUCUGGAGAUGAUCAAAUUAGUGCCACAUAAUGAAAGUGCAUGGAACUACUUGAAAGGGAUUCUGCAGGAUCGUGGUCUUUCCAGAUACCCUAAUUUAUUAAAUCAGUUGCUUGAUUUACAACCAAGUCACAGUUCCCCCUACCUAAUUGCCUUUCUUGUGGAUAUCUAUGAAGACAUGCUAGAAAACCAAUGUGACAACAAGGAGGACAUUCUUAAUAAAGCGUUAGAGUUAUGUGAGAUCCUAGCUAAAGAAAAGGACACUAUAAGAAAGGAAUAUUGGAGAUAUAUUGGAAGAUCCCUUCAGAGUAAACACAGCAGAGAAAGUGACACGGCAGCGAGUGUAUAGCAGUGAGAGCGUGCUGAAGAAGGACGAUGCUUUCCUUUCUAAGGGCCUCUAAUGCAGGAGUGUAAAGUAGAGCGAGCAUCCCUUGCCUGUGCGCUGAAGCUGUUGUCCAGGUGCUGCUUUCUAACAAGAACUAAGUACGAUGCUCCUGUGUGCUGACACUGUUCAGACUAGCUCUAAGAAAGCGAUUCUUCUAAAGCAAAGUCAUUGGAGGGGAGGGUGAAGAAACACUUCCCAUACAGGAACUACUGCUUUUGUAGUCUUACCAACAUUUAAUCCACUCCUGUAGAGCCAACUCCUGAAAGGUCUGUGCAAGGCUGUGUGCUGUAGUGACUAAGGGAACUAUGUUAUUGAUUUGCAGUAACUUGAAUCUUGGUGCAUUAAACAGGGACUGCAACUGUUGAUUAGAGCUGCUGUGCCACACUCACAGAUCACUGUAACCAACUAAUGCCAAAAGAAAGGUUUUAUAAUAAAAUCACAUUAUCUAUAAUCAA